CUUACGAGAGCAGCCGAAUAGAAUUCUCCGCCAUAGCUGAGCUAGAGCCGUGCGUUGUUCUUGUUGCCGAAGCGCAGAGCCCCUCCCAUCAACUUUCUCUCCCACUCUCCGGAUUUUCCAACGCUUUCUCGCCAUCGAAACAAAACCACGAAUCAAUCCAGCGCCAAAGCAAAAACCCCACACCUCCCUUCCUUACUGAAAGGUGCCUGCUCCUCCCUCCGAUUUCCCGCCUGGGUUCCUGCUUUCCUUUCUCCCCCACUCGCCAAUUAGUUUUCCAAAGGCGAUAAUGCCAGCAGCAUCGACGUUUGCCGUGAAAGCCAGCGUAGGCGGCGCCUUUGGUUUCGACGCUGGAUUACAAGAGCUGGGAAGGAAGAGACUGCGGGGGAGCAUUGUAUUUGCCGGUGGUUCUGCUCGCGGGAGGUUGACGGAUCCGUUGGCGUUGAAGGGAAAUCGCUGCAUGAGUCGCAUCGGCGGCUUAACUUCUUGCUUCGGGUUGCGGAAUGAUUCGGUCCCGAUGGGGACGGAGCUUAUGCGCCCCAGCAACCUCUUCAGAAACCGCCCAGUCAGAGCUCUAGCUUCUGAUGGUGACAUCGAAGAUGCGGAGCCGUUGAAGCCGACGGAUGUUUCAGUCACAAAGAGAAAGUCUACUGGAACGGUUUUACCAUUUGUGGGCGUUGCUUGCCUUGGAGCUGCCCUGUUUGGUUAUCACCUGGGGUAUGGCUAAAGUGAACCAAAUGAAGAACAUUGCUCUCCCUUGCAAUUGCUUAUUGUCAUUUUGAUUAGUGGGUUUUAUUGGUGUGUGCGUUCUGUUCUUUAACUGCAAAAAGGUUCUGGGUUUCAGGACGUGUCUUCAGAACUAUAAUUGUCUUGCCCUCUUUUUAUUGUUUCCCUACUUAUCAAAGCAUACUCCUCUUUGCUGCUUCAGAGUGGUAAAUGGUGCCCUUGAGUACCUAGCCAAAGAUCUUGGGAUUGCUGAGAAUACCGUCAUACAAGGUUAGCCUAUUUCGUUUUGGAGUUGGACUGCUGUUGUAGUUCUUCAUCGCACCGGGUAGUUAUUGCUCCAAGCUUAACUUGACCCUGACAAGUAAUUCUGCGAAAGGCUUGUGUUUUAUCAUGCCAUGAAGCUGAAUAAGUUUCUAGCCAAUGUAGAAUCUUGUUUGCUCUCGCCUAUUUUGAUUAUUUCAUGAAAUAGAAUCAUUAGUUGCUAGAUGAGGGCAAAUGGUAACUCAUGGUUGUGUGUGUGGUGUUCACAAUCGAGUAGGAUGGAUUGUCAGCACACUGCUUGCUGGUGCCACUGUCGGCACAUUUACUGGUGGUGCAUUGGCAGACAAAUUUGGCAGAACAAAGACAUUUCAGUUAGAUGCAAUCCCACUUACCAUUGGAGCGAUUCUUUGUGCCACAGCACAGAGUGUACAGACCAUGCUUAUCGGCCGCCUACUAGCUGGUAUUGGAAUCGGCAUCUCUUCUGCAGUUGUGCCACUUUACAUAUCUGAGAUCUCACCAACUGAAAUCCGAGGUGCACUUGGUUCUGUAAACCAACUAUUUAUAUGCAUUGGGAUCCUUUUGGCGUUGGUGGCUGGGUUACCGUUAGCCGGGAACCCCAUAUGGUGGCGAACAAUGUUUGGCCUUUCUGCCGUGCCUUCCAUUCUGUUGGCACUAGGGAUGUCAUUUUCUCCGGAAAGCCCUCGGUGGUUGGUCCAGCAAGGGAAAGUUCCCGAAGCAGAGAAAGCGAUUCAAACACUUUAUGGCAAAGAAAGAGUGUCUGAAGUCAUGCAAGACUUGUCUGCGUCGAGUCAAGGUUCGUCAGAGCCUGAGGCAGGGUGGUUUGAUCUGUUUAGUAGCCGUUACUGGAAAGUUGUUAGCGUCGGUGUAGCACUUUUCUUUUUCCAACAGAUGGCCGGAAUAAAUGCUGUGGUGUACUAUUCGACUGCUGUGUUCCGAAGUGUUGGGAUUGGGUCUGAUGUUGCAGCGAGUGCUCUUGUUGGAGCCUCAAAUGUUAUUGGAACCACCGUUGCCUCUUCUUUGAUGGACAGACAAGGAAGGAAAAGCCUGUUGGUCACAAGCUUCUUUGGAAUGGCUGCAUCAAUGUUACUGCUUUCCUUGUCAUUGACCUGGAAGGUCCUAGCACCUUAUUCUGGCACGCUUGCGGUUCUUGGGACAGUGUGCUAUGUCCUCUCUUUUUCACUUGGGGCUGGUCCAGUACCUGCUCUUCUACUCCCUGAGAUAUUUGCCUCCAGAAUUAGAGCCAAAGCAGUUGCACUAUCUUUGGGCAUGCACUGGGUCGCGAACUUUGUCAUUGGCCUCUAUUUCUUGAGCGUGGUGAACAAGUAUGGGAUCAGCAUGGUGUAUCUAGGGUUUUCGGGCGUCUGUCUUCUUGCCGUUGUGUACAUACUUAACAACGUCGUGGAGACGAAAGGAAGAUCGCUGGAGGAGAUCGAACGUGCCCUAGCAUGAUUCAGAUGUCUAGUUUUCCCUUGGAGCAGCUCACCUGGGAAUAAUCUGCCUGGCCGGCUCAGUGACUGAAUCCUUCCCAUCUUCUGGUAUUUUAACCUAUUGAGGUUCCCUUCUGUAAGUGAGAGAUUGUAGCAAUCGUGCUCAUUUACUGUGGAUACUUAAUCGCCGGCCGGUUUCUUUGUAUGUAGAUGCUGAACCGUUGAACUGUUAUGAUAUUCGGCCAGUUUCUUUAUCGUCGGUGGGUUUCCAAUUGCCAUUCGCGAAUGCCGCUUAUUGUGACGAGUCUCAAUUGCCAAAGUGUUGUUAUGGUGGUAAUACAAAUAAGAACCAUUAAUAAACAAGGGUUUGGGUUGGCGAUGUUACUGUUGGUUUUUAAAUUUUGUUUUUUUUAUAACUUAAACUGUUGGUCCAAUAUCAAUUAUUACGAA